CCAAACCUCUAAAUGCCUCGCUUUAGAAGAGGAGACGUCCACUGAAGCUGUGCAUGAGUCCCAGCUUUGUCCUGAGCGGUGAAGCUGCCCACUGAUCUUAAGAAAAAUCCUCCAGAUGGCAGGGAGAAUCUUCCUCCCUUAUGACGACCUGUAGAACCCAGACUAUGCCAGCCUUCAUCCCCUCGUCUGUUACCAGGCUGUGUCUUGAGCAAUACCGGCAACCGUGUCUUCUGGACUGCUACCACAUCUUAUGUGCCAGCUGCCUGCGUGGCAGGGCCAAUGACAAUUGCCUCAAUUGCCCCCUCUGUGGAUGUUCAGCAUUGAAUCUGGAGAGGUCAAUUUAUCUUCAUGUCCACUGAUAUAGUGAGAGUCUUACCCACUGCAUUGACAUUAAGACUGCAUACGGGCAAGGAUGUGAAAUACUGGAUCAAGCUGUUCUGAUGGUCAAAGAGCUGCAGACAUCAGCCAGAGAGGCCAUGGUUCUGCUGAAAGCCAUGCUGGGUAAAGUGCAGACUAAUGCAGAGGAGGAAAGUGCCAUCUGCACGCUGUUGAACAGCUUGCAGGCUGCAAUCCCCACUGUCUAUGUCGUGCUCGUCCCCUUCUCUCAGUGACAUGCCUUUAGGCCGCAGGCCCACCUCUCAUCGAUACAUCUGCACCAAGGUGUUGCUGGCCCAGGGUAGAGAGUCACCCUUCACUGAGCACUGCCGAAACUUUGAGGAGAGCUACAGGGCUCUUCAGACAGAGGUCCAGAAGCUGAAGGAUCAAGUUCAGGAGAUGCACAGAGACCUUACUAAGCAUCACUCGCUCAUCAACACCAACAUCAUGGGUGAGAUCUUGGAAAGCUCUCUGCUCAUUGGCGAACAGAUCGCGUCGCAGUACUCCGCCACACAGACCCAAAGGGCAAUAUUUGAGGAGAUAUGGGAUGUGACCUUUCAAAGAGUAACCAAUGAGCAAGAGAUCUUUGAAGCACAGCUCCAUGACCUUCUUCAGCUGAAGCAAGAGAACUCCUACUUGACAACCAUUGCACGACAGAUAGGGCCCUACAUCUUGUCCAUAGCAAAAGUAAAAGAGCGCCUGGAACCCAGGUUUCAAAAGCCACAAAGGCCCGAGGAAGUUCACAUGGACACUCAGGUGAAGGUUUGUGAGAAUGGUGCAACAACUGCAAAACAAAACAGCAGCAAUGAGGAAAGUUGCACUGCAGUCUACAACUGGGGCUCUGGCACAGACAACGCUCUUAUCCUGGAGCCUGAGAAGAUACAACAGAAGUGCGAUGACUUCUUUUGGCAAGGAAAGCAGACAAAUAGUUCCGAGACCUCCUGCUGUAAAGAGCUGCCAUUGUAGAUCUACAUGUUUGGACAAUGGUGAACACUGACCGCAAACGUGGCGUGUGAUUUCAGGCAUGUGUUAGAUGUCAACACAUGAACAUGGGGCUUACCGUAACUGAAAGAGAAGGACAUAAAUGGAAUAUUAAUAGCAAAGUGUGCCAAUUCACCUGGACUUGAGCAAAAUAAAAGAAUACUAAUUGGAUCGAAUUAUUUAUAAAUGUUGGGAAAUUGAGAAAUAUUGAUGUGAUUUUGUUUUAUGGACUGAUAGUUGUUGUUUUUUUUUUUUUCCUGUAUUUUGAAAUGCAAGAAAAUAUGUUCUAAAUGUGUACAUUUCAAAGAUUAUAUCAUGAAAAAAAUAUAUAUUCUGCGUUUCUACGUGUUUUACUGAACAUCUGUCAAAUUAAUAGCCUAUUGCUUAUAAACAGCCUUUCUGAUGUUUCAUAAAUUAGAAAAAUUAUAUAAUUAUAAAAUGUUUGGCCAUCUUUUCCUGCACAGGAGGUUUUAAAAACAAAGUUUAAAUUCCAAACAUGAUUAUAGUGGCAGUGUGAAUAUUUUUUUUUUAUUGACCAUUUUAUUAAAGGAAUAUUCCGGGUUCAAUACAAGUUAAACUCAAUCGAUAGCAUUUAUGGCAUAACGUUGAUUAUCACAAAAAGUAAUUUUGACUUAUCUCUCCUUUUCUUUACAAAAAGCAAAAAUCAAGAUCACAGGACUUACAACUGAAGGGAAUGGAGCCGUUUUUAGAUGAUUUAAAGGGAAAAUGUGUAGCUUAUAAGAUUGUGAAAGCACUUACAUGAAUUCUUGUGAUAAAACUUGUGCAAUAUUUGAGCUGUAAAUUUCUUUAAAUAGAUUUUCUUACGGUUACCCAGAUUUUUGCCUUUUUUUUUUUUUUUUUUUUUUUUUUUAAGAAAAGGAGGGACGAGCCUAAAUUUAUUUAUUUAUUUAUUUUAAUUUUUUAUGGUAAUCAAAAUAAUGCCACAAAUGCUGUCGAUUGAGCUUAAAUUGUAUAGAAACCAGAAUAUUCCUUUAGCAUUUUUAUUCAGAGAAAAUAUUGGCCACCAGAAUUGAUUUUAAGGGGCUUUUUUUCCUAUAUGAAAACACCUAAUAUUAUUUUUAUUUGUCAAAUAUGUCAAAUUGAUU